AUGGGUCGUAGUUCAAGUUUCGUUGUGCUAUUGCGUGGUGGAGUAGUAGCUUGCAUAUUGGAAGCCACGUGCAAUUCUUCUGUAAUUGAUCUGUUCUAUGCCGGCAGGUUUCUCAGCGUACUUCUCACGAUGAGUGCCGAAGAAGGAGAAGUGCAAACGCCAAUCGCAUCAGAAGGCCGGGAGUUAUCUUUGUCACCACCAUCCUUGGGUGAUGAAAGUCUCGAAUCUGCUGACGAACUUCCUGUUGUCAUCCAGGCAAAGCCGUCGUACGGUGAUGACGAAGAUGUUGUGGACGAUUCUCUGAAUAUUCAACCCCCUCCAUUAGCACCAGCGUACAAACGUAGUCACAAGUCUCGGAUGAUCACAGUCAUUCGCGAUCCAGAACCUCCGGGCGAGCUCAUGAUCGUGAAAGAUCGCGUGUCGGUGAUGUUGAAGAUCGACGAUCAAAAUCAACGAGAGAUGCACGUCACUUCGAAGGGGAUGGGCGAAGAAAGGAUGGAAAAGAGUGGUCCUCACGCUCGGGUGGUGAAAGGGACCGUAAAGAGAGAAGUCGUUUGUCGGACGGAAUGCGUCGUUCCGGCAAUGAACAUGGUAGAAGUCGUCAUAAUAGAAAUCUUGAAGCGGAAAAGCAUUCAGGGGAUCGUCGUCGUCGACAUGGUGAAUAUCUGCGAGUUCCUUCACAUAGUUGGUGAGGAAAGUUUCCCGGAUGAAUUCUCGAAGAAGAAGCGUCGCACAGAAGUCGAUCGACACCAUCGUAGUAGAAGGAACGAAGAACGUUAUCGUGAUCGUGGCAAUGAAGAACGCAUGUCCGACAGACAACGACAAUCCUCAAGCUCACGGCACCAAAAUACACAGCGUCUUCCAAGCAGUCAGCCUACUGCUUCACCGACUUCCGAGGAUUCAUCAGAAAUUGAAGCAGAAGGCGAAGCGGAAGACGAACACGUAGAAGACGAAGCAACGAAGGAAAUUGAAGGUUCCAAUUCCGGAUCUUCCUCUUCGGGAACGGACGAACAAGUGGAAAACGAGGAGAAGAAGGAUGCGGAAAACGAUUCAGAAACGUCUGAAUCAGAGUCUGAUGUAGAAAAUACUGCCCCUGCUUGGAAACGGGAACUUAUGGAGCAGGAAAAACUUGAUGCUGAGCGUGAAAGGGCCGAAGCUGCUGCUGCUGCCGAAGAAAGUGAUCAAACAAGUGAAGAAGAUGAAGAUGAGGACUCUGAUGAAGCAUCUCAGCGUUCAGAUGUCGACCAUAUUAAGGAAGAGGGCGAUCAAAACCAAGGAAAUGCUGUUGCUGUCGAAGAAAAGCCUCCUUCUCCUCCGACACCCCCGGAAUCACGUUUGCCCGCCUAUUAUCCGGCCAUAUCAGGUUGUAGGCUUGUGGAAGAAUUCCAGUGUCUCAACCGAAUUGAAGAAGGGACAUUCGGUGUUGUGUAUCGUGCUCGAGAUAAGCGUACGAACGAAACCGUUGCUCUGAAGCGUUUAAAAAUGGAGAAAGAGAAAGAAGGCUUUCCCAUCACGAGUUUGCGAGAAAUCAACACCCUGUUGAAAGCGCAACACGAAAACAUCGUUACCGUGCGUGAAAUUGUGGUGGGAAGUAAUAUGGAUAAGAUAUACCUCGUCAUGGAUUACGUCGAACACGAUUUGAAAAGUUUGAUGGAGACUAUGAAAUCGAAAAAGCAAGUUUUUGUGUUCUCGGAGGUGAAGACGCUUAUGUUACAGCUCCUCCGUGCGAUUGCACAUUUGCACGAUAACUGGAUUCUUCACCGUGAUAUCAAAACGUCAAACCUGCUUCUGAAUCACCGAGGAAUUCUGAAAGUCGGAGAUUUUGGACUUGCACGGGAAUAUGGUUCUCCGUUGAAGGCGUACACCUCAGUUGUCGUCACGCUGUGGUAUCGUGCUCCCGAACUUUUGCUGGGAGCAAAAGAAUAUUCUACUCCAAUUGAUGUCUGGAGUGUAGGUUGCGUCUUUGGCGAGUUGUUGUUGAUGGAACCUUUGUUCCCCGGAAAAUCGGAAAUCGAUCAGCUGAAUAAAAUCUUCAAAGACUUGGGCACGCCGAACGAACGAAUCUGGCCGGGCUAUAAAGAGCUACCUGGUGCAAAGAAGUGCAUUUUCACCGAGUAUCCUUUUAGUCAGCUGCGGAAUCGUUUUGUAAGCUACCAGCUGACUUUGAGUGCGUUGGAUCUCAUGAACUCCUUCUUUAUCUAUGAUCCAAAGCGACGGGUGACGGCAGAAAAUGCAUUGAAGCAUCGGUGGUUUGACGAAGAGCCCUUGCCUAAAGACCCUGCGUUGUUUCCAACAUGGCCCGCUAAAAGCGAACUGGGACACCGGAAAGGUGGUAACAGUCCGAAACCGCCAUCGGGAGGCGGAGAGUUCAAGGAUUUAGGACAAGAAGACGACGACGACAAAAUGGUUGCUAGGUUGGGAGCAAGUUUGCCUCCACCUGGAAUCAUCCCUGGGAUUCCCGGAUCCCUACCAGUCCCAAUCGGUGGUACUGGUGGAGGCUUCAUGUUGAAGUUUUAGGAAUAUUGAAAAAAUAAGAACUUGUCUGUGAGUCAUUUUGUGGAAAGCGAGUGAAAAAUCAUUGAUACUUUUUUUGAAUGUAUGUUCGCAUUUAUUUUUUAUUUUUGCCACCGGUCGAGCACCUCAGUUUCUUUUUGCGGUGUAUCUUUUGCUUUUGAAUGGAAUCACAAAUAUUGGUCAUGAUAUUUCAGCUCUUCUUUGGCAUUCAUGUUCG